UCGCGCUGCCAUAGCCUACUUUUUGAGGAGCUGUCGUAAAAUAUCAAUAUUUUCGGAUUUUUAUGUGUUAUUUACUUGAUUUCUGUGAAACUUUACAUCUUCACGAUGGACAAGUGUGGAAUUUGCGAUAAGCCCGCUGUUCAACUAUUUGAGACUGGCAAAGAAGGAGUGUAUGCCUGCUUCAAGUGCUCACCGUUGGUGCCGGAGGUGACCAUGGAAGACGAUGUUACCAUAGAGGAGCCGUCAGACCCGUUGGAUGUCUCUGAGGAGGGCAAUGGCUCACUGUUGUGUGGCAUUUGCCACAAGACGUUUCAGAAGAAUACGCAGCUGCAGAACCACCUGCGGAACCAUAGAGCUGAGAGGAGGUUCGUCUGCACCUACUGCAAUAAAGCGUUCUCCCAGUCCAACAACCUGCGCGCGCACCUCCGCAUACAUACCAACGAGCGCCCGUACAAAUGCAACGAGUGUGGGAAGGCCUUUACGCAGGUGACGAACCUGAACAACCACGUGCGUCUCCAUACCGGCGAGCGGCCCUUCGUGUGCCCGGAGCCCGGCUGCAACAAAGCCUAUGCACAGGUGACGAAUCUGAAUCAGCACCGCAAGCGGCAUUUGGGCGGUCGCGCCGUGGAGAGCACUUAUGACUGCACCAUCUGCGGGCAACAGUUCGAGCAACGCAACCACAUGUACACACACAGACGCUCGGCCCACUACGGCGCGCGCAGCCCGGCGCGCGCGCCGGCGCGGCACGCGUGCAAGCUGUGCGAGCGCCGCUUCAGCACCGAGCGCCAGCUCGUGGCGCACGUGGCGCAGCACGUGCCCGACCAGCGGGGACACGAGGAUGACACUGAAGGCACAUUCUUAUGUGUGUUCUCAUCUUGCGGCGCUCGCCUCUCGUCCCCGCGCGAACACACCGAGCACUUACUCCGCGCGCACCAGCUCCGCGUGCACGCCGCGAGGCCUGCACAACCCGCUACCGAGUCGGUGCCACAGCAGCCGCCCAAGCGAGGACGACCGCCCAAGAUAAUCAAAGUGGAAUCUAUGGAUGACUUCAAAGAUUCAAUAUUUAACGAUGUAAAAAUCAUAAAGGAGGAAUCUCAAUUUCUGCCAAAACUAAAAGUGCAGAGUUUAUUCCAGUGAACUACAAAAGUGUAACACAGUGGACUUUGUUCUGACGAGUGGACAGAUCGCUGGUUGGUCCGUAACUCAGUGGACGUGACACCGUUACGCAAUGGUACUUAUUUUGGACGUGAAAUUAGCGUUAAGAGACUUAAAAAUUAUGAUCGUUAAUGUAACUUUAAAUCUAAUAUUAUGAAGAUAGAGCGUUUAAGGGCAUCCACACACUAUAGUGUCCCGAUAGCAUCAGCGUUUAGACUCUAACCCCUUUAUUCAUAAACGUACUCUAAAGUUAUCAAGCCGAUAAAGUUCGUUUGUCCCUUUCCGACGUAUUGGUGUGAUAGAGAGGGACAAACGAACUUUAUCGGCUUGACAACUUUAGAGUACGUUUAUGAAUAAGGGGGUAACUCUAUAAGCCACUGCCUGACGCCUUUUUCUAUAGCGUUGGCUAAACGCCCUCGUAAACGGAUAAACCCUCAAAAGACGCUAGUGUGGGAUGGCUCUAAUGGGAAUUCUUUUACAUAUGAUCUGUAUGGGUUUAUUUUUGAUUUUAUGUUUAAACAUGGCCUUCCAUUUUAUCAUGUUAGUAAAUAUAUAUAGAAACUGUAGUCAAGUCAUGCAGUUUUUAGAUUUGUACCUUUAUAUGGUAUAUCUAAUUUAAACUACAUAUAUAGUAGCAUUAUUUGAAUAUCAAUCGAAUUCUUGCCUAUUGAUUUAAAAAUAUGUCUUGUGGUUUUUGUCGCAAUACAACUACCUUGACUGUGCGCAACACAGGCCCGUGAUAAUUAUUUCUGACUGUACUUGACUACUGACUGACACCAACGAACAGAGAACCCGCCUGGCGGCUAGCAAUGAAUGUGUUAAUUGUUCAUAAAUAACGUUUUCCAAUUUUUUUUAAAGGGGAAUGUCAAUGAUUAUUUUUUGUGCAAUUUCUUAAUUUUUUCUGACAACUUUUUGAAAACUUCACGUUCGUAUUUGUGAGUAUAGUCAGCGUUAUUUUGAAGUAAAUAUAUCUAUUAAUGCUUUUAGCUAAGUCAACAUGUUAGUUUCUGAUAAAAAAAUAGGCCGAAGUGAAUGCAAUAAUACAAAAUGCACUUAAUAAUAGUUUAUUAUUAAUAAUAAGUGUUCUGUGCAGCACGCGUAUAAAGUGAAAUUAUUUUGAUAAAUAUUAUUACGAAUCUUAACCCCUGGAACGCCGUUGUCAAAAAUUUGCUACU